AGGGCCGUAGAGACCGUGAAGUGGCGCGGCGUCAAUCCAAAUCACCAGCACAUCUCCUCCUCCCUCCAUUCCGAGACUUCCAGACUCCAAUGGCCACGGCGGCCACGGCAUCGGCCGCCAGAUUCACCGCCGUGGGAACCGGCCACGGAUUCCGGUGGCGGACCUCUUCUUGGACGCAUCGCGCCUUCUUCCCCAAUCGCCGGGUCGCCGCCCCCCUCCGGUGUCGGCGGCAUUUCCUCGCCCCCGCUGCCCUCCACAAGCCCGACUUCCAGAUCAAGGAGGAGGGCCAGUCCGAGACCCUUGACUACCGGGUCUUCUUCCUUGACGGCUCUGGGAAAAAGAUCUCGCCUUGGCACGACGUGCCCUUGCACUUGGGCGAUGGCGUGUUCAAUUUUAUCGUUGAGAUCCCCAAGGACACCAGCGCAAAGAUGGAGGUGGCCACCGACGAGCCUUACACACCGAUUAAGCAGGACACGAAGAAGGGGAAGCUUCGAUACUACCCGUACAACAUUAACUGGAAUUAUGGAUUGCUUCCACAGACGUGGGAAGACCCAUCUUUUGCCAACUCAGAAGUUGAAGGAGCCCUUGGAGAUAAUGAUCCAGUUGAUGUUGUUGAGAUAGGUGAAACACAGGCUAAGAUGGGUGCUAUUCUCAAAGUAAAGCCAUUAGCAACUUUAGCGAUGAUUGAUGAAGGGGAGCUUGACUGGAAAAUAGUUGCUAUUUCAUUGGAUGAUCCUAGAGCUUCGCUCAUAAAUGAUUUGAAUGAUGUUGAAAAGCACUUCCCAGGCACUCUUAUGGCUAUAAGGGACUGGUUUAGAGACUACAAGAUUCCAGAUGGAAAGCCGGCUAAUAAAUUUGGUCUUGGAAACAAAGCAGCCAACAAGGAUUAUGCUCUGAAGGUUAUCACAGAGACAAACGAGUCAUGGUCUAAAUUAGUCAAAAGGUCCAUUCCUGCUGGAGAUCUUUCCUUAGUGUGAGUGCUGCUCUAGAAUUGACAAUAAAGGGCUGUUAGAUUUUUUCGUAAUUUGCUGAGCAUCUCUAAUAUGCAUGUGUAAAAUUUGAUUGUUUAACUUUAAAUAGUUUAUGAUGUGAUUGGACAGUUUGGUACUAUUAUUUAUGAAGUAUCAUUAGACAAUCAGCUCUU